AUGGAUAUGGAACCAUUGAUGAGUAAAAUUCUGAGGAAGCUUGAGGUGGAAUAUAAGGAUGAAUUUGAGACGUUCUGGUAUCUGAUGGAGGAGGAGGAGUUGGUGACAAUCUUGCAGUUGUGCUGGGCGGAGAGAGCCUGUGUGAAAUUGGGACUUGAUAUAGACACCAAUGUGGAAGAGAAGGCUUUGGAUUUUGAAGCAUACUCAUUGUGUCGUACACUUAUUGAAUUUGAAGAAAUCAUCAAGAGAGAGAAGGAUCCUGCUAAAAAGUUAUGGCUUCCUCGUGUAACAAAGGAUGUGGAGGAUUUAAUGAAUAAGUGGGAUAGGUUUGUGAGGAAGUGGGAGCCCGCAGUUUUAUCCCGGAAGAGGUCUACAGAAGAAAGUGCUGAAGACAUAUACAUGUUGGAAGAAGCGCGCCAGAUGUUGGUUUCAUGUUUACAGGAUGUGGAAGAUACGAAUGGGAUGCAUUCGGCCCCACUCUUCGCGGUGGCUCAUCAUCUUGGUACCCUUGUAACCGAGCUCAUGCUAACAAUUCAUGAAAAUUUUAAGCAAAACCUGGUUGUUACUCCAAAUCUAAUUGCAGAGGUAGCAAGUCCUCUGACUGGGAUUCCUGCUUCAUGGCUCCUCCAUUUUUCAGAGCCGCCACUUCAGGGCGUCGAACCAAGACUGGCUGAAGCGCUAAUUGGACAAGAUCAUGUUCCAUUUGUUAUUAGCAAUGCAUUGUCAAGGCGUAGAGUUGUUUCUCAAUCUCAUCCACGCCCAAUUGGAUCAUUUCUAUUUUUAAAUAGCUUUGUGCCAGGAUGGACAGAGACCGCCAAAGCUCUUGCGGAGCAACUUUUGGACGACAAAGAAAGGAUGAUAAGAUUAGACUUGUCAGAAUACUCGGACUCAGAAUCUGUCUCACGCCUCACUGGUUUUCCAUCAAGUAUUCUAUACGAGGGGCUAAUUGUUUUGCUUACUGUGGGAUUCUUCAGUUCCUGUCACUGUGAAGGUUGUUGCACAGAAGGACUGCUCACGGAAGCUGUGAAGAGGAGGCCUUUCACCGUGGUGGUGUUUGACAAUGUCGAUAGGGCUCAUCCUUCUGUUACUGAUGUUCUGAUUGAAAUCAUUAGCCAUGGCAGAAUAUCAAUAGGCCAGGGAAGCACCACUGACUUCACCAAAACGCUGAUUAUCAUGACAUCAAAUAUUACGGAUGGCAAAGGCCGAUUGUGGUCCUGCAAAUGUGUACAGAUGGGUCAAGAAAUCGCGCUGAAAGACUUAUUUCUUGAUCUAUUGCAACAAAGGCAUAAAUGCUUGUAUCUUGAUCUUCUGAGGGAGUUCUAUGAAGAAUUUGCUAAUAAUCCAAUUUAUAAAGAAAUGUGA